UGUGUGCUGCUGCUGUCUGCACCGACUGUUUCUGCAGUCUCUCUGUCUGUCAGUCCAAACCUUCAGCAGUUCUUCAGUGGACCUUCUUCAGCGGCUCUGAGUUGUGUUGAUGAUGGACAGACAGUUGCUGGAUGGACAGUGAGGAGGACCAAAGAAAACCAGACUGAAGAGUGCGGAGCAGCUGCAGACUUUGGAAGAGUUGUUGGUUCCUCCUGUGUUCUGGACUUCAAAACAAUCUUGAGUGCAGAUUACUGGUGUGAAACCGGUUCUGGACAGAAGAGCGAUGAAGUCUCCAUCAGUAGUUCAGAAAAAGGUGUGAUCCUGGAGAUCCCUGCACUUCCUGUGAUGACGGGAAGUGAUGUCACUUUGCGUUGCAGACAGAUCAAUGGUGACACAGUGGCAGCUUAUUUCUUCUUCAGUGGACGUCUUCUUGGAUCUGGAUAUGAGGAGCACAUCAUCUCCAAUGUGCAGCAGGUGGAUGAGGGUCUCUACUGGUGUGCUACUGAUUUGACUGGACCAUCUCCUCAGGGCUUCCUGAGGGUCAGAGGUCCUCCUACAACCUUUGUCAGAUCUUCUGUGGCUCCUCCUCAUUUGGACACCAUUCCCUCCCCCUCCACUCUUCCCCCUCCUGCUAGUCCCACCAACUCUUCCUCAACUCUUCCUCCUGCUUCUUCCUGUGUGUCUUCAUUCAGACUUGUCUUCCACCUGCUGGUCUUCUGUCCAUACUUCAUCACAACUGGUCUGCUGCUGUCCAUGUGCUUGGACAGGACCUCAGCCAUGAGCUCAGGAAACAGACCUGCUGUCUCCAUGGAGAUGACCCGGCAGGUGGAACAGAAUGAUGACGUCGCUGCUGAUGUCACCACUGAGCACGACUUCUCUGAGUACUCUGAAUGA